AUGGCAGUUAACUCUCCAAGGUCUAUUCUGGUGAGCCUCCUUAUACUUGCCAUGGUACUGUCACCCCUGUUGCCAAGUCAAGCAGCAGGCCACAAAACGUCUCCAGGGUUUGGACCACCAGCUGGUGGGUCGUCAACGAAUUCGAAGCUAAUAUGUGCAGGUUGUGUUUGUUCUGGGCCUUCCCCACCAGGUCCGUGUUCCAAGUGCUGUGCUUCUCCAUGA